AGUCAUUGCCUAAGCCUUUUCAACAAAUGCAAACGACAUGGCAUUGGCAUCAUCACCAUCCCUCUCCAAAGUUUAUCUGUUUCUUGUGUUGCUUUUGUUCAUGUCAGUUUCUUCUUCUUAUGCAACUUCUCGCUUCACCCAUAAGCGUGACUACCCAACACAAUCACAAGCAGAAAAACUCAUAAGAAGCCUUAACCUAUUACCAAAGGACUCAGUUAACAUUGUAAAAGGUGACCAUGUUGGUUUUGUCCCAGGAAAGAUCGUGGAGAAGAAGUUCUCGCUAUUUUGUGAUUCUGGGCCUUCUAUUGAAGACCUUGGUCACCAUGCUGGCUACUAUUCACUUCCUCAUUCCAAAGCUGCUAGAAUGUUCUACUUUUUCUUUGAAUCACGGAACAAUAAGGAUGAUCCUGUAGUGAUAUGGUUGACUGGAGGACCAGGGUGUGGAAGUGAAUUAGCUUUGUUUUAUGAGAAUGGUCCUUUUCAUAUUGCCAAUAACUUGUCUCUUACAUGGAAUGAUUACGGCUGGGACCAGGCAUCAAAUAUUUUAUUUGUUGACCAACCUACGGGUACAGGUUUCAGUUACUCUUCUGAGGAAAGUGACAUUCGUCAUGAUGAAACAGGAAUUAGCAAUGACUUAUAUGACUUCUUGCAGGAGUUUUUCAAGGCGCAUCCUGAGUUUGUUAAGAAUGAUUUUUAUAUUACUGGAGAAUCAUACGCUGGGCACUAUGUUCCGGCACUUGCAUCCCGGGUUAACCAAGGAAAUAAACAAAAUCAAGGAAUCCAUAUAAACCUCAAGGGUUUUGCUAUUGGUAAUGGAUUAACAAAUCCUGCAAUUCAAUACCAAGCUUACCCAGAUUUUGCAUUAGACAAUGGAAUAAUUACAAAUGCUGAGUACGAUAACAUCAGCAAGUUAAUCCCAGGGUGUGAACAAGCUGCUAAAACUUGCGAAAAUCAAGGUGGACAAAGUUGCGCGACUGCGUUAUAUAUUUGUCAAAACAUAUUUAGUCUUAUCCUGGAUUAUGCUGGCAACAUUAAUUACUAUGACAUCAGAAAGAAGUGUGUGGGAGAAUUGUGCUAUGACUUCGGUAACGUGGAGGAGUUUUUAAACCAGAAGAAAGUGAAGAGUGCUUUAGGUGUGAGGGAUGACUUGCAGUAUGUUUUAUGCAGUACAACAGUUCAUGCUGCUAUGCUUCAAGAUUGGAUGAGAAACAUGGAAGUGGGGAUUCCUUCUCUUCUUGAGGAUGGAAUCAAGUUGCUUGUGUAUGCAGGGGAAGAAGAUCUCAUAUGCAAUUGGCUUGGGAAUUCAAGGUGGGCUCAUGCCAUGGAGUGGUCAGGCCAAAAGGCCUUUGGAACAUCUUCUACAGUGAAAUUUGUGGUUGAUGGUGUAGAAGCAGGGUCUCUUAAUAGCUAUGGACCUCUCUCUUUUCUCAAGGUGCAUGGGGCUGGGCACAUGGUCCCUAUGGAUCAACCAAAAGUUGCACUUCAAAUGUUGAAAAGCUGGAUGGGAGGGAAAUUGAAUGCCUCCUUCUAUUAGUUUUGUGGAAUUAUUAUAUUAUUAAAUUGUAAUAUUUUGUAAAAUUAUUAUAUUAUUAAGUUGUAAUAUUGAUAGACCAAUUUAAUAUUCAAUUAUAUCAUUAAAUAACUAAUUUGACAUUAGUUAUAAAGUUAAUGUAUCGAUUUUUCAUUAAGUUGUAUGCGAGAUAUAAUAGUUUUAUUUUAUUUUUAUAUAUUUAGA